UAUUUCCUCCUUGGACACUAGUGUUAUUCUGAGUCAAGUGCAGCUCAACAGCUUCACUGGGUGGCUGCGGUCGUUGCAGCUAGCGACAUGCCAAGUUCCCCCCUUCCUGACACACAACCUUGAGCCGCUGUUCGCGACACCGAAGCGGUCGGAACCGCAGCCCACUUUUAGCCCCCAUGACACCGGGAGUAGUGUUACUGGACCUGAAAUACCGAGGUGAUAAGAGGCAUUCGCUUGACGUACGUAUGCUAAUGACAUAGCAUGCUGUGUUCUCCUGGAGCGGGACGAGGUCCUCGUCUGUGAUAUUGAGGAAAUGGCUGAAUUAAGAUGCCGAGGAACAAACCCAAUGGCAGGGGGAGAAGAAGACGAAGAGCCGCCGACGGAGCUCAACUCUCCAACUGCACUUGUGGAUGAGUGCUCGACGGAGAGCAACCAAGAGGAAGAGAAAGGCGGCGAGGAGGUGACCGAAGAGGGCAAGAAGGAGCCCAGCGGAGAGGAGGCAGAUGCUGCGCAGGAGAAUGGCGUUACCGACGAAAAGUCCUCCGAUAAAAAGUGUAACAGCAGCUCAAAGUCGGGCACUCUGCAGCGGGCCGUGAAGCUGUUUUUUGGGUGCUUGGCGGCGGUCGCGUGUGGCGCGGUCUACACGGGCUACCUGUCCACCUACCAUGACAGGAAGUUCUGGUUUUCAAACCGCCAGGAGCUGGAACGAGAGAUCUCAUUGCAGGGAGGCAGUGGCUUCUACUAUUACUACUUCAAACACAUGCUGUCCGCACCUUCUUUUGAAAUGGGCGUCUUGGAGCUUACAGUGGAUAACAGAACCAUCUCUGGGGAGACCAUCAAUGCCGUGGAGCGCUUGUCUCUUUACCCAGAAAUCAUCACUGCAUUCGUGUACAGAGUCACAGAAAGCCAGGACUUCAUGGACCCCAUCUGCUUCUACAUCGGGGCGGUGUUCUGUCUUCAGGCGCUCUACGUCACCGCCCUGUUCGUCACCAGCUGGGUGAUGAGUGGCACCUGGGUGGCGGGCAUGCUGGCCGUGGCCUGGUUCGUCAUCAACAAGUCGGAUACGACCCAGCUGGACCAAGCCAUCCCACUGCGGGAGAACUGGGCGCUGCCGUACUUCUCCUGGCAGGUGGCCGCCCUCACCGGCUUCCUCAGCAACAGUGUUGGCCCCUCCCAAGAGUUGUUCUGCCACCUGACUGUGAGCGCCACCACCUUCUCCUUCCUGCUGCUGUGGGAGCACAGCCACUACGUUCUCUUCGUCCAGGCCCUGUGCCUCCUGCUGCUGGACGCCUUUGACCUGGUGCCCACGCGCAAGGUGGUGGACGUCCACCGGGUGUACCUGAGCUCUCUGGCCCUGGUCUACGUCAUCCGCUUCCAGAGUCCCAGCCUCCUGGGCUGCCCCCUGCUCUGCCUGCUGAUUGGCUCCCUACUGGCCAGGUACUUCCAGCAAAACUUGAAGGUUGGUCCGAUCUUUGCCCGACUGCUGAAGCUGUUCUUCCAUUUCUACCUGGUGUUCACCACAGGAAUCACCUUCAGCUACCUGGUCAAGAAACUCCUUCCAACCGGUGACAGUGACUUCUUCUUGAAGUUCUUAGAAGUGAAGUUUGGCUUCAACAGAACUACGGACUUUGUGACCAACUUCCUGCUGUGCCAAGAUGGCUUCCAGUCGCCGAGCCAGGAGCUGUUCCUGCGGCUGACCCAGGCCUCGGUGCUGCCCUUCUACCUGCUGGUGUUGUCCGUGUGCCUGAUAUCCACCCUGCAGACCGUCUACGCCAGGCUGAGGGGACAGCCAAUGAAGACCAACCUCAGGCUGGAGGACGGACGAAUAGGAGAGCAGCCUGAAGUGGCCUACCACGUGAUCCACACAGUGUUGUUUGGAGGGUUGGCCAUGGUGUCUGAGGGGUUGAAGUACCUGUGGACGCCUCACGUCUGCAUGCUGACAGCGUUCGGUGUGUGCUCCCCUGACCUCUGGAUGACCGUGUUCAGGUGGCUCAGGCUCCGCUCCAUACACCCCGUAGUGCUGGCCUUGAUCUUAAGCACAGCCGUUCCCACCAUCAUCGGUUUCAGUCUGUGGAGAGAGUACUUCCCCCGGGUGCUGGGAGAGCUGUCUGAGCUGCAGGAGAUCUACGACACGGACACAGUGGAGCUGGUCACCUGGAUCAGGUCCCAGGCCCCCCCGGGGACGGUGUUCGGGGGCAGUCCCCAGGUGAUGGGGGUGGUGAAGCUGUGCACAGGGCUGGCCGUCACCAGCCUCCCGCUCUACUUCGACAUCCGCCUGCUCAGGAGGAGCGAGGACACCUGCCAGGUGUACGCCAGGAGGUCAGCGGAGGACGUGUACAAGAUCCUGACCUCCCAGAAGACCAACUACGUGAUCCUGGAGGACUCCCUCUGCAACGAGUACACCCACAAGCCCGCCUGCCGCAUGAAAGACCUGCUGGACAUCUCCAACGGACACGUGGUGUAUGACCGGGGAGAGAUCUACUCCUUCUCCAAGCACGGGCGCUUCUGCAGCGAGAUCAAGCUCAACUACUCCCCUUACACCAACUACUUCACCCGCGUGUUCUGGAACCGCGCCUACCACAUCUACCGGGUCAACGCCGUCAUCUCCUUCCAGUACUGACCCCCCCCCACCACCGCCACCUCCCCCUCCUCCCCCAAAACACUUUCUCUGUGGCGCUUCACUCCCCGUGUGAAAGGUCCAGCUUGAUGCCCUUCUUUCAUCUGGAGAUCAACGAUGAUGAUGAUGAUGAUGAUGUCACUGAAGCACAGAUUAACACGAUGGAUUUUAAAUAAAGAGCUCUCCGCCCACAGCCCACCAGAACAGAUAUAUGGUUCUGAAGUUCUCCUUAAACGCUUCUUCGCCACUCAAAUAAACUCCACGUCUGGGUUUUAAGAGUAUGGGAGGGCCGAUUUUACCGAGCGUCCAGUGACUUGCUUGCCUGGGGGAAAUCAAUCAGUAUACAAAGUUUUAUUCACCCUCUUGGCGUUAUUUAUUCGUUGUCAACUGUAGGUGUACCAAUGAAUCCUGUGUCUGUUUUUAACUUUCGGCCGCUCUUGUCUUUACAUUCCUGUGAAACGUGUUAUGAUGAUGUGGGGCUACGAGGUAUCCAUGCAAGGUUAAAGGGUCUCUGCCCACUCAGCUCUCUGAUUAAUCAUCCUCAUGCUCAGAUUCUCAUUGUUACUCCAAAAUGUGCUCUUGGUUUUGGUUAUGUUAUUGUUAUCUUUUUACAGUGUCUUUCUAAAGGCCUUGUUUCUGUUUGUCUUUUGCCUGGACUGGGCUGUGGUCAGUAGGGAGAAGGGGAGGCAGUUUUGGGAGGGAUGUACCGUUGGGAAAACACUGGAAAUGUCACCGAUUAUUUAAAGACCCUUUAAUUCAGAUUCUGUAAUGUGAAUAAAGAGGUUUUUAAAAGGGUUUGGUUUGGUCCAAACCAUUGCAUUUCUGUGCAAGGCUGACGUCCUUGCAGAGAAAUGUCCUUGGACGGACAGAGAAGAUGUCUGCUAACUUUCUGAUUUGUGUGAAGCCAUGUUCUUGUCAGAAGUCUAGGGGCCAUGGUCGUCAAGUGUCCAACUGCCACCGUUUCCUGCCUAUUGCCUGUUCAGCUUAAUGUGAGAACGAUGAUGUCUACGAAUGUGUGUUUCUGUGUUGUUACUGCUUUUGAGCUAGCUUUUAAAGGAUGCGGAACACAUCGUAAUGUCUGGUCUCGGUACAGGUACUAAGAUCAGAACUUAAGUUCUGGUUUUCAGCUAGAUGCCAUUUUUUUGGAUCAUGACAUAGAUUCUCAAUCAAAACCUCAACAUCAUUUUUAAUGCGUUUUUAUUUUUGGAUAAGUUUUCGUUUUAAUGUAACUUUUAUUCAGCACCUGCCAAGACAUGUUUCAGACAAUACUGUACAAGAAAUAAAAAGUACAUUUAAUAAAAAAAAAUCUAAACUGACAGUGCCAUAACUAUUGACGUUUGCAUAGAAGAUGUCCUGUUGGGUGUGAACCAAAAAGUGAUUCGAUGCAGGCCUCGUGUAUGAGUUGAUAAACAAAAAUGUGUUGAGAUUCUCGUAUACUGUCUACCUUGGUUUUCUGAAUGUAGCCUACUAUGCAAAUAAACCAAUUAAAUUAA